UUGAAUGUGUCAACUAAACAAACGUUAUUUUCACGUAAUGAAUCAGUGCAAGUUGUGACCAGUUUACGACAAGCAGAAAUCAUGGCAACUUUCACAAAAAAAUGGAGCAGGCCGUUAUCGACCAAUGAAGUUGAUAUUGUUCAUAAUUUGGAUUCGGACGAUGAAGCGACAGGUAUAGACAUUUAUAUUGAUCCCCCCGGAGAUGGAUUAGUUUCGGACUCCGAUUCGGGCGAUAAAACAAAUGUAAGUUUCGAUAAUUUAUCACGUAGACAACUUUUGGCUCCUGCUGAGCUGGUACUUCAUGGAAAUAAAGACAAUGAUAACAGCGAGUCCGAAGAUGAUCUUCCGCUUUCAGCCUUAGCUACUCAAAACACAACAUUGAACGUGCCUUUAUCGAGUCAACCAGGACAGCCACAAGCCCGUAAGUGGGUAAAACGAGACUUAUGUAGGAUGGAUAACGAGUGGAUUGCACCGCUUCCAAGAUCAGUGGUGACCGUAUCAGAUGCGUCGGACCCAGUUCAUAUUUUUGAAUGA